CGAAAAUAACACCUCAAACUCAAAAUGUCGCGCAGAGGAGAGGGCAGUUUGUUCAUUGGAAGACUCAGUAAAAACACUCAACCUCGGCAUUUAGAAGACGUUUUUGAACCAUACGGACGGUUAGCAAGAUGUGAUGUCAAAUAUGGUGCUGAAAUGGCUUAUGGCUUUGUUGACUAUGAAGACAGAAGAGAUGCAGAGGAUGCACUAAAGUAUGAAAAUGGAAGGGAGAUAUGUGGAUCUAGUAUUCGUGUGGAAUGGGCAAAGGGAAAUCCACGACGGCCAUAUUCAUCAUCAUCAAGAGGAGGUGGUGGAGGUAUGUACGAUGAAUGCUAUCGCUGUCACAGAACUGGACACUUUGCACGAGACUGCCCCAAUGACAGCUCUUACGGAUUCCGUCGCUCCAGAGGUGGGGGAGGAGAUAGGAGUGGGGGAGGAGGACGUUACGGCUCUCGUAGAAGAAGCAGGUCACGGUCUAGAUCCCCAUACAGACGAAGAAGGUCCCCCUCCAGAAGUCGCAGCAGAAGCAGGGAUAGGAGAAGAUCUAGAUCUGGUAGUCCUGACAGGAGAAGAAGCCGAUCAAGGAGCAUGUCAAAAUCUCGCAGUCGUUCUAGAUCUAUCAGUCGGUCAAAGAGCAGGUCACCAGUUAACGAAGGUGGUGAUGCGAAGGGCGGAUCACGAUCUAACAGUCCUGCCUCUGAUCACGAAUAGUCCAGCGGUUUCUGUAUUAAGCCAGUAGGAUUAACAGUAGUGACCGGUGGUGUAGAGGACAGUGGUUCAUUUUCUUCAUUUGAAAUCAAUUGUCAUGCUUUCUGUUUUGGCAUUUUAAAAAAGAAAUCUCACCAUUUUAGGAAACAUAUCUUCAUAAUAAAUGUUUUUAAAUGAAA